CUUACUAAACUCUCCAAAAUGUCGCGAAGUGAAUAGUUUGAGUUAUAAAGAGGAAUAUUCCGUGGAUGCGAAGAUUACACGGUGAUUGGUGAAUGAAUCAGGGAUGAAUUGCUUACAAAGGACUGGUAAUUAAGCGAUUACAGCGUGCUGACUGUGAGCUAACCUCAGUGUGCAGACGUAACAUGUGCAGUGCUUAUGUAUAAAUUCGAGAAUCAAAUAAAAGAGAACUGUUAUAUCAAAUAAAAGUUUAAGAAUUAUAAAACUGACGUGCAUGUGUAGCGGCAAUGUGAAGGUCUAUGGAAAACAAUGGAUGAGAAUCGGCGAUAUGGUGAUCAUACACCAUGGAGAAUGAGUGGCAUGCCAGCAAUGUUGUUGGGGCUGGUGGAGGAGCUGGUGCAAGAUUUUGGAGAAAGUGCCUGGAUGAUUUUGCAGGCAGUGGGCCUUGGUCCAUUACUGGUCAGACUGAGGGAGGAGGUGCGAACAUCAUCAACAAGAGCACGUAGAAAAUCCUUUGUGCGGAUUGUUGGCUCGGUUUUACCAUUGAAGCCUGUGGAGAGACCGUAUCUAAGGUUUGUUGCCCUGCGAAGUUUGAGCCAGUCCUGUGACUCCUUGUACUCAGGCCAUACCCAGGGCACUAUCGACCCAAAAUGGCUGGCAGACACCGAACGCUCUAGGUUUAGGCCAAUAAUCUCAAGAUGCGAGACAGCUCCAGACCUGUUUGCCUUUGAACAAGCAGAGAGAGAGCACCUCAAUGGCGAGUCAUCGCCACGCUCUUCAACACCCUUCAGCAUCACUUCGGAUCUGGGAUUAAGCAGGAAUCAUUACCCCUCCGAUGCAGCUCCCAGUUCUCAGAUGCACCAUUCCUCUUUUCAACAUUCCACGAUACAUGCAGCAUCACCGUUUACAGAUCCGGCAGCCAUAGCUAAAAUAUCAGCUCUGGAGGAUGAACUUGCAAAACUACGCAUACAGAUAUCCAGUAUCCUAAGUCAGAACCAGAGGCCACUUACUCCACCCUCAACUCCUAUCCCAGGUGACCGACCAGGGUCUCCUGUCGGUUCUUCAGCACCUCCUCCCCCUCCUCCUCCACCACCCCCACCUCCUCCACUUCCUCCAUUAGGACCCCCUCCCCCUCCACCACCACCACUACCAGCCAACCAGGGUUCCAAUUCCCAAGCUGACACUCCUGUUCGUAAGCUGUCCUUCGCAGAGCUUAUUGCACAGAACAAAGGCAGCAUCAACAAACACACAGAACCUAUGGAUAUUCCUGUUAAUCAGAGCAGCAAUUCUGGGGCAGUGUCCAUGGCAGAUGUUCUUAAAGGCCUGAACAAAGUUAAAUUAAAACGUGUAGCUAGAUCACCUGGUGGAACACCAAUACGGGAUAGGGCAAAGUCCCCAGUUGGAGGUGACCCAGCAGCUAUUAUUGCAGCAGCCUUGAAGAAACGCUUUGCCAAGAUGCAUGUUGAUUCACCGGAAAAGGACGCAGAUGAGAAAAAUGAUUUUGAUUCGUCUCCAGAAUCAACGCCGAAAACUUCCCGUAGAAUUAUUCUACCUAAGCAAAAUUUAGCAAAAUCAGAUAAACCCGUACGUAAUUUAUUACCAAUCUUGAAGAAGCCAACGCUUAGAACUCCCAAAGAAGAAAACUCCCCUAAACCAGAAACACCUGUAAAUAAUUUGUUACCUGUUUUGAAGAAGUCUAACCCUAGAACCCCCAAACCUUUACCAAAAGAAGAGCAGAAUUCCUUACCUAUUUUUGGGCAGCAUCUCCUGAAAAAGAGAAGUCCACGACCAAUGGAAAAAAGAGACAGUGUGAGUCCAUCCAGUGAAGCCUCGGACCUUUCUCGGUGAUAGUAUGAAAACAUCAGCCUUGUCAUGGGCUGUGGAGACCAUUUCCUGUGGCGUAAAAUCUUCGCCAGAAAUUUCCUGGGUAGGAUGUUCUCACUACACCACGCAUGUUUUGGCCUUGGUAUACUGCUGUUUACUUCAAGUUUUGGUGUAAGGAAGUUGUAGGAAUGGUGAAUAGUGCAGAUGUACAUUUUUUUCAUUUUUAUUUUUAUGUGUACAUAUAUAUAUAUAUAUAUAUAUAUAUUAUAUAUAUAUAUAUAAUAUAUAUAUAUUAUAUUUAAUAUACAUAUACAUAUACAUAUAUCAUAUAAUAUAAUAUAUAUAUACUAUAUAAUAUAAACACAUCAUACAUCAUACAUACACAUACAUACAUACAUACAUCAUACAACAUACACACACAACAACACAACACAUCACACACAUACAACAAUAUAAUACUAUAUAAUACUAUAUAACACAAUAUAAUAUAAUAAACACACUACAACAUACCUACAUACAUACAUACAUACACACACACACACACACACACACACAACAACACACAUCACAACACACACAACCACAUACCACAACACACAACACACAACAUCAUUAACAUACAUAAACAUACAUACAUUAAUCAUAUAGAAAUGACACACAUACAUACCUAGUUAGUACACAUAUAUUUAUCUGAUGACAUUGCAGUACAUUACAUUCAUUUUUGCAUAAUGUGUAUUUUAAAUUCCACAUGGUUUCUGAAAAUAUCCCAAAUUGAUAAACAUGUUCAUUCCUUUGCCUUCCAACCUGAACUUAUUUUAAAUGUAAGUACAUAAUGAUUCAGUGCUAGCAGUCCCAAGACUGUGAAUUCAUUAUUGAAAUGAACUUCAUAAUCUGAGUACACCAGUGCAAGUAACAGGGCAUGGAAUCAUUGCCUUUUAUUACAUACCUUUUGGCAUGAAGUCAUGGGUUGUCAUUGUCAUGGUUUGCAUGGCCCAUGUUGUCUUUUCCAAACUUCUCACACAAGUGUUUUGUGUCAUGCACAUAUGUUAUUGAAAGUGUGUUGUCUUAAACACAUGCCAUUUUUAGACCUUGAAUGGUAUUUAGUCAUUUCAUACUUCUUUGGCUGCAAGAGAUGUGUUGUUUACUUUGCUCAAAUAACUAGCAAUCUAAGAUGGGUUUUGCUCACAUCCAUUGUGUCCACACCUUAUGUGACUUCACAACAUUAAACUCUGUCUUUGUCUUAUGUCUUCACUUCUCCACACAUCUUAUUGUAUUCUGUGCUCUACCUCUCCAAGUUCCCUAAUAAAGGAAUAUUCUUGGAUUUCUGUACUUAUUGCCAGUGUCUGAGGGAAUUGUGGGUUGUUGACAACACAGGCCAGUAUACGCCAGAGGGAUGACUCUUGCCAGGUUGAUCAACAAGGAGCUAUGAGGUUGUCUUCUGUAAGAAUACUGCUGUAGCAUCAUGAAAAGGCUUCAUCACUGUUGCUUUCUUUAACAUGCUCUUUGUUACCUUGUGGACAUCUUGAGAUGACUGUCUUUAAAUCUGUACUUCAUUAGCCUGUCAUUUCAUCAGAAGUGCAACCAAAGUUUCCAGCUUUGCUAUAAUAAGUGCCAAAAAUAGAAAGUCAAAUGUAAAGUCAGCUUUGUAUGUGUAAAUAUAUUACGUUUAAGAAUGCAAUGAAUGUUUGUAUUCUUUCUAUGUACAUUCCCAGUCUAAAAAAAACAGAAUGACUGUUUUCCCAUCAUGAAUACCUUAUGGAUAGCUAGAGAACUGCCUUUCAUUAUUAUAGAAGCAAAAGACAGAGUAAAGAUAGGAUACUGCUUUGCCUCUGUAAGUAUGGCUUACUUAUGCAGCAAUACAUAUCCAUUUUUCUGUACCAUGAUGAUAAUUGUUAUGGUGACUGUCACUGAUAAUCCUACCAAUAUGUUAUUCAUACAUGAUUUUGUAUGCAUUUAUUUCCAGUAUUUAUUUAUUGUCUGUCAUAAUGAGAGUUCCUUUAAUGUAAUUAUUACAGCAAAUGUAUCAUUACUAUUAUUAUUAUUUCGUUACUGUUCUUUUUAAUAUCAGUUAUUAUUAAUAUUAAUUAAUAACAGUAUGAUUAUGAUUGUCAGUGAUUCUUAUAUGGUGGUGCGUAAUGUACUAAUAAGUUUUAACAUUAGGUAAAAGGUGAUUGAUGGACAUGCACAGACUAAAUAGUGAGAUUAGUAAAUAUUAUGUAAUACGAGCUGUAAAAAAAUCAUUACUGGAGUCAGAGUUAUUUAUAUUUCCAUCUUCCAUCACUUUCCACAAUUUGCAGCAUCUCUGACCAUGUUAAGGGUGAGAGAAUAAGAUGCAACUUAGAAACACUAAAGGCAGUCAAAACAAGUGCUCUGUAUUUUGGUUAGUUACAUUGGGUUAUUUUUGUUUGCUUGUUUGUUAGUUUGCAGUAGUUGUGCAUUUUCUUUUCUUUCUUUUUUUUUUCUUCACUGCAUUUAUUUUUUUAUGCAGAAUAUGAAGCUAGGAUGUUUACAUUAUUAUCUAAGGUAGAAGACCUUAAGUGUGAUUUUUUGUAAGUAUCAGUAAAGCAUUUACUGGUGGUACUCAGCACAAAUUUGUUGAAUUGGUGAAAUUCCUCUCGUGUUUCCGUCAUAUUGAAAGUUCAUAUCUUAUGACUGUGUAACAUCUCCACUAUUUUAGGUGACAUGAAAUUAAAAUGGGAGUAAUUGAAAAGUAGAACAAGGUGAAUAGAUGAGCAAAUUCUUUGUUGUGUCUGUGAUUUAAACCACAGAAGUGGACACUAGAGAAGAACUAUAUUUUUAUAUCCAAGUAGCUUUUCUAUAGAGCUGUUCUGUGAUGGAGGAAACAUAUCAAUCUUGGCACAAAGUAAUGAUUUGAAGGUAGACUAGUUUCAUACAGAAUGUGUACAUCAUACAUCAGAAUUAUUGAAGAUACUGAUUUUGUGAAGUAUAUUGGAAAAGGUUGGUAUUUAAUAGGAAAUAUGUAGAGUACUGAAUGCAAACUAGGAAAAUUGUAUUUUGUAAAACUAUGUAUUUCAUAUAUUCAGUAGCUUGAUAUAAAGGUAGAAUUGGAUAAGAAGGUGCUUAAAUAACAAACUCAUGAACUGAAGGUAAUUUAGAAAACCCUGACUAUGCAGUAUGCAUCUGUAAACCUCAUAGAUAGAUGCACAAAAUGUAUGUUACGUUAUGUUUUUGUGCAUAUGAGAAUUUUGAAAGUGGUUUCAUUUCUGACACUUUUCUUUUCCUUUCUCACUCUCUUCCUCACCAUUUUUCAACCUACUGUUAUUCUAUGAAUCAAGCCAGUGUCAAAGAUAUUCUAUGAAAGAGUGGUGUAUAAUCUGUGAGUAUCAUUGGUAGAUAGUUAUAAAGUUGCAAAGGCAGUACUGCCUUUGUAUUUUUUAGAAAACUGUUUUAAAAGAAAGUUUUCAGACAUUAAGUUUGAAAAUAUGAUUUCACUUUUGUUGAAAUACUGCUGCUUUACCGAGAUAGAAUUGCCUUUAUAUUUCAGAUCCUAAGGUUUGUCAAACUUUGCUUUGUAAUGCAAACAAGAAACCUUGUAAUCAUAUAUUUUUGCUGAGCAUUUUAAUUGUGUAUUUAUAUGAUAUCUGGUGCCUUGUAAUGUGAUGCAUUAUCUGUAGUCAAUAUUACAAAUGUAUUUUUGUGAAUAUUGUAACUAUUUUGACAAAUAAAUAUAAUGAAAAUGUU